GUCCGCGUGGGCAGGUAACUGAACACCAGACCGGAGCGCUCGUGCAUGUGUAAUGGUCCCUGAGGUUAAACUGCAGAGCGGCAGCUCGUGGCUUCAAGCCAGAACUGACGAUUUUUACCGAAGCUUCCCGAGCAGCGUCGAUCUCAAAUGGUCCACAAACCCGACAUCAACCGAAACUCUCCAGUUACUCCCGAUUCGGUCCCAUUGAAGUCCGUUGCUGUCGGGUUGGGGGUGAUGGGGUGGACGAGAUUUAUGAAAUAAAGAAAAAAAGAAAAAGGCGAUAUCCAGAAAGCAUCAGUCCCGAGCCCCUCCCAGCCCAGUGAUUUUCGGAUUCGAGGCUUGACAAAGAGACAGACUCUUCAAGAUGAAAGUAAUCAGCGCCGCAGUGCUUAGCGCCCUGUUCUGCACCGUUGUGUCAGCAUCUUCCAAAGUCAAAGAGGAACACAGGACAGCCUUCUUCGGGGAAGACGUUCACAUCGAUGUCCCGCCCGGGAAUGUUGGCGAGGUUGUGUUCAAACCCAGGACCAAUCGCUCCACUGAGGUGGUUCUGCUUCGAGCAGGCAAGGUGAUGAAUCCAGGGAGCUACAUCAACACUCUGGGCCACCUGGUGCUGGAAGACGUGCAGGAGAAGGACGAGGGGUUGUAUGUCAUCAAGAACACCAACAGCUCCAACGUCCUCAAGCACCUUAUCCUCAUUGUCAGGGACUGUGCUCUGGAGGAAGUGGUGAAGUACGGAGAAACUUACUACAUCCAUCUCAACCACGUGGAAGGCCCCAUCACCCUGGAGUUCAGACGCAGCCUGGUUCAGCCCAAUCAGACUGACAUACACCACGCCACAGAGUCUCCACCCGUGGUGCUGUACAACCAGACGGCGGUGUCGGCAGACGAAUAUGUGGGACGCCUCAGCGUGUCGGAGAAACGGGUCACGCUGCACUCAGUGAAGAUGACGGACGAGGGGAGCUUUACGGUGCUGGACCACGAGAACAAAAUCAGGAGGAGGAACUGUCUGAAUGUCAGAGAGCACCAGAACUUCUUGCAUCUCUCCUACGGAGGAAACCUGAAGAUGAAACUCUACCUGCACUAUUCCAAUCUUAACAUUGUCUACAGGCGCAAAUCAGACAAUCAGGACCGGCUCAUAGUGGACCAGGGGGUUCUGGUGACGCCGCUGGACCCGAUGCUGGAGGGCAGGCUGACCGUGGAGGGAUCCCUGCUCAUGAUGAAGAAGGUCAACGUGGCCGACACAGGCGUCUUCAAAGUGACAGACCUGUCUGGGUUUACUGUGGCUCAUGUCUACAUAGAGGUGGACGCCUAUAAGCUGCCUCCCCUGACUGUAGCCAUCCUCUCCCUGGUGGGCCUGAUCGCCUUCAUGCUGCUGGUGUGCCUGCUGUCCUGUAUCUAUAAAAUGCACAGGAGGAACGAGAAGAGCAAGAGGCUGAUGCUCAUUGCUCAGCAGGCCGGCAAGGGAGAUGGCGAGGCUUUCAGACAGGUGGUCCAUGAGGCUUACACCAGGUUCGCUGAAGAGUCUCUGAUGCAGUCUGUGUGUGAAAAGACCUCAGAGAGCACCGAGGUCACAAUCAAGGGACUCGAGGUGUCCAAGCCGGGCCGCUACCACACUCUCUCCUCAGAAAACUUUAUGGAGAUGAGCGACUCUGGUGUGGAGUUCACCUCUGGGCUUCCACUGGACAGUGACACUGAUGCUGCGAUGACAUACGCGUCCCACAAGCCCCUCCUGAAUGCCAUCUCCCCAACGGCUGUGACCGGAGUGGUUAACUCCGACAGCCUGGAGGCCACUUUGGCCCCCCAAGGCGACCUCAGCGCCAGCCGGACCCCUGACUCCGUCAUGAGUGCCAGCCCUGCCUCCAACCCUCGUUCACUUGCAGCUGCCACCCCCGACGGCAGCCUGUGUGGUGCUGCAUCACCAGGAGCGGCCUCCAGGGGCACUGCUGGAUCAGAUUCAGCCAAGAUAGAGGGAGGAGCUGAGAGCGGCGAAGCCGGGCAGAAGGAGGAAUCAGCUCAGAGCACCUGAGAGGAAACACCAGGGUUAAUCUUUUUUUUUUUUUUUAGCUCAUGGUCCAGUAACAACAUCCACAACCAUCUGACUCUCUGUCCCGGGAACCCUAACAUAUCCAAACACCACUAAGUUCUUGAUCAGUGCAUUUGAAACAUCACAGACAAAAUAUUGAUGCUUGAAUCCGGAUGUCAGUUUAGCCUAGAAGAAAACAACAAAGAGACAGCUGCACAAAAUGCACAACACAAAAAUCAGUGCAGUAAAUGAGAUGCGAAAGACUAAACCCCGAGCUCCAUCAAAAAGAAGAACAAAGCGAGCCUGUGCAUAUGGAAAAUGCAUGCAUUUAAAUUAAACUUUAAAAUAGAUAUUAUAGUUCAGAUCUGCGGGAAGAUGCUGACGUUAGACUAGACUGAUUGCAUGCAAGCUUCGAUGGGCCAAAAAAAAAAAAGAAGCACAGGCUCCAAAAGAAGUUGUGAUGAUGUGAAAAGGAUAAAACACUCAGCACUUUUAGGAAAACACCUAAAUGGGAUCAAAUAAUUUUUAGCUCCGUCGGAAGGAUGUCAAAGAGAAAAGAAUUACAGAAGUUUGACAGUCUGACAGCUCGAGUCAGUCGGCCCAACAAAUCAGACAUUAUAUUCCAAGACCGAGGCUACUAACAACAACAGCAGAGAGCUGCGUCUGCAUUGAGGCGAGUCUCAAUGUGUUGCCUCUGACAGCACUUUUGUCUGCUCUCUCUGCAUCAGGCAGACACUGCGAUGAUUGCAUUUCAUCCCACCUACACACAGACUCUAUUAUUAACAGUACAAGUAUGUCAGGAAGCGUCUCCGCCUCUCAGACAGAACUGCUUGUUUCAGCACUCGUUCACUGCUAUCCACGAGCAAAAACCUCCUGGAUGUAUUCUUUCGAGAAACCUGCAAACUGAAACAAGCUCUGUAGAUUGAACACCGCCUCUCCUCCGCGAGUACCACUGUUUGUUUUCCUUCCUCUCAUAUCCCGCGUGUCAAAUCUGCCACAUUUGAAGGCAUCAUCUGAAGAAACCCGUCGAACCGUCCACCUCGUCUCACUCACGCUAAUGAUCAAUGUGAGGGAAAAACACCCACGAGAACGACAGCUAACUGUAGAAACUAUCCUCAUCUCUUUUUGUUUUAUCCCCAGUGGAGUUGUCACAAGCCCUGUCAGAGCAAAAUAAAAUUGGAAGAAUACUGUGCAACACUUCUGGGACUUUUGGAACAGCUCCCGAGAACGUAAUUGGAUUCUUGGUCUCUUCACAGAAGAGCCGAUUCAUGGACACCACAGAGUGACGAGUGGUGAUAAAAGAGACGACAGAGAUGGAACAGGGCACUAUUCGGAGAACAGAUAAAUGACUUGCAUGAUUUAAAGCCUCCUAUUUUCAUCUCAGUCCCCAUCCAGCUCUGAUUAUUGCAGCCCAGUUGUUUGCCAAAAUGAAGUGACUGGAAAGACGCAGUUGGAUCAAUCUCUGAUAACGACGCAGCCUGCAGCCCCCGCGGAAUGAGACUGAAUAACCGUGAUUAUGUGGUGUGUGUGUGUGUGUGUGUGUGUGUGUGUGUGUGUGUGUGUGUGUGUGUGUGUGUGUGUGUGUGUGUGUGUGUGUGUGUGUGAGGAGGAGGGGGAGUUCACACAAAGCAACCAACAAUAUUAGACCUUCAAUGCAUGGAGACUCCUCUCAGUCCACGUAAAUGAAAAAUAGGAAAUGAAAAAGAAGGAGGACUCUCUCAAAGUAUAGAAAUCCUGAAUUAAUAGCUAAAGUAAUAUCAACAACUGAAAAACAUAUUUUUGCUGCUUGUGCUCCAAGAAUCCACCUGUAAUAAUAUUACAAAGGCGUCUCGCUCAACAUCCACUUCACUUCACACUCCAGGAAGGUCAAAUGUUUACACAUAUUUCAGUUCAAGUGUAUUCAGCUUCUCUGUGACCAUGUUAUGCCUCUUACUAUGUGAAUGACAUUCAAAUCCCAAUAACUAAGAGGUCUUCCUUUAUAUUUCUUUACUGUAAAGAGCUCUAAAGCAUGUGUGAGUUUAAAAGGAAGAGCCCUGA